GUCGUGUCUGGAUUGGAACAUUACAGUGUAACAAUCGGAAAAGCUAAGCAUUUGGUAAUUGGACACACGGGUAAAGGAAUCUUGCAGUUAACAAAUACUUUGUAUUUUCGGAUUCAUGCUUUGUAUUUGCUUUCGGGAAAUUCGAUAAAUUAUAUCUUUUUAGAUUGUAUGUAUAUCAACCGGGUGAUUAAGAUAUGAAUUUGUCUACAUUUAUGUGCGUCGAGAUAGGUUUGUUUUUCACAUAUAAGAGAAAUGCAGGGAUUCGUACGGCUUGAGAGGAUAAACUACGACACUCUUCACAUCAUCCAGCUCUAACAAGAGGCAUUGAAAAAUUAAACUCGUAAAAAACCGAGCGAAGCCAGAUGAUUUAACUACUGAUCGCUGGAUGUUUACUAAAUUGGUUGCAUCAAAUGUUACUCAGACUGCUUGCGACUUUAUCAGAAGUGUUGGUCUUGUAUGUGCUCGGCAAGGCACCUUGAGCCCCUUGGCAAUAACCGAGUGAGUAGGCUACUUGGUCCUGGAUGAUUGCGACUGGCUUCACGGAAGGAAAGGGUGUUGAAGGCGCAUCUCAACUUAUUUGAAACAGACAGAAAGUGGGAGAAACACAGCGGGGUCCCGCUGAAUCAGACUACUCACCUGGAUUGGGUAAUAUAUUGCCACCUUGCCUUGCGAAAUACUGUAGGCUAGUAUAGAAUGAUAAAUAAAAGAGGGGAAAUAGAUAAUAAUUAAAGUCGCCCACAUGCGCUGGAUCAAUCGUUGGAUUGGGGAACGGAAUCAGAAGAAGGUGGAAGAGGUGAGUUCAAAUUCCUUACAGGCUGGUGGAAGAUGGCGGAGCGGUGCUGCCGGAGGUGGUGAGAGCGAAACUUCGGGGCGCCUUGGAUUUAUUUGCGAACAUCUCGAUUCGGACCGUAGGACACAUGCAGGCCAAAAAACGAUAUUUAAUUUUGCUCUCCAUCGGCGCAUGUCUUGUUCUACUGUUCGUCUUUGGGGGUUUACAAGUCCCAACGUCCAGCAGGAAUCCAAGCCGGCGAGACGACCACAGCCGCAAUGGAUAUCACCCGGAUCAUCCUUGGCCACACUUUUCGGACCCUUUACUACCAUUCGUUCCUUGGGAUCAAGGGGAUACCGAGGAUUACAACAUCCACAUAUCGCCGAAGCAGAAAAGAGAAAUAAAUUCGAGUGUUUACAAAGGCAAACGAUGUCGCAUGGAUUCCUGCUUCGAUUUCACUGUGUGUGAAAAGAACGGUUUUAAAGUUUACGUUUACCCCCAGCAGAAGGGUGAAAAGAUCUCAGAAAGUUACCAAAACAUUUUAGCGGCCAUAGAGGGGUCUAGGUUUUAUACAUCGGACCCCGGGCAAGCUUGUUUGUUUGUCUUGAGUCUGGAUACUCUAGACCGGGACCAACUGUCGCCACAAUAUGUGCACAGUCUAAAAACUAAGAUUCAGAACUUGCAUCUCUGGAACAACGGUAGGAAUCACCUUGUAUUCAACCUGUAUUCGGGCACAUGGCCGGACUACACGGAAGACUUGGGAUUCGAUAUAGGACAGGCCAUGCUGGCAAAGGCGAGCAUAAGCACGGAGAACUUCAGACCCAACUUUGACGUAUCAAUCCCGCUUUUCUCAAAGGACCACCCCAGGACCGGAGGGGAACGGGGAUAUUUAAAGUACAAUUCCAUACCCCCUUUCAGGAAGUAUAUGCUGGUAUUUAAGGGGAAGCGGUACCUGACUGGGAUUGGUUCAGACACGAGGAAUGCCUUAUAUCAUGUUCAUAACGGCGAGGAUGUGGUUCUUCUCACUACGUGCAAACACGGCAAGGACUGGCAAAAACAUAAAGAUGCACGCUGCGACAGGGACAAUGCCGAAUAUGACAAGUUUGACUACAGAGAGAUGCUGCACAACUCCACCUUCUGCCUGGUGCCACGCGGGCGUCGGCUCGGCUCAUUCCGCUUCCUGGAGGCUCUGCAGGCUGCCUGCGUCCCUGUCAUGCUUAGUAAUGGCUGGGAGCUUCCCUUCUCUGAGAUCAUCAGCUGGAACACGGCCGCUGUGAUUGGGGAUGAGAGACUGCUCCUGCAGAUUCCAUCAACGGUCCGGUCCAUCCAUCCAGACAAAAUCUUAUCUAUGCGGCAGCAGACACAGUUCCUGUGGGAGGCCUAUUUUACUUCAGUGGAGAAGAUUGUAUUGACUACUCUGGAGAUCAUCGAGGACAGGUUGUUUCGGCACGCAUCCCGGAACAGUCUGAUGUGGAACAGCCUGCCCGGAGGUCUCUUUACCCCUCCCCAAUACUCUGCUUACCUGGGUGACUUCCCUUUCUUCUACGCCCAGCUAGGUAUCAAACCCUAUCCAAAGUUCACAGCGGUCAUCCACGCAGUGACACCCUUGGUCUCCCAGUCUCAACCCAUUCUCAAACUACUGGUGGCUGUGGCUAAGUCCCAGUACUGUGCCCAGAUCGUUGUCUUGUGGAACUGUGAUAAGCCACUCCCUGCCAAACACCGCUGGCCCUCAACCCCAGUGCCCGUGAUUGUCAUUGAGGGGGAGAGCAAGGUGAUGAGCAGUCGAUUCCAGCCCUAUGAGACAAUCGUCACAGAUGCAGUGCUGAGCCUGGACGAGGACACGGUCCUUUCCACCACUGAGGUGGAUUUUGCCUUCACUGUGUGGCAGAGCUUUCCUGAGAGGAUUGUGGGAUAUCCAGCUCGUAGCCAUUUCUGGGACAGAAACAAGGAGCGUUGGGGCUACACCUCCAAGUGGACCAAUGACUACUCCAUGGUGCUGACUGGAGCUGCAAUAUACCACAGAUACUACCACUACUUGUAUACCAAUUACCUACCGACAAGCCUGAAAAGUCUUGUUGACCAGCUGGCCAACUGUGAGGACAUCCUCAUGAAUUUCCUGGUGUCUGCAGUCACCAAACUUCCUCCCAUCAAAGUCACUCAGAAGAAACAGUACAAGGAGACCAUGAUGGGACAGACCUCUCGCUCCUCCCGCUGGGCGGACCCGGACCACUUCGCCCAGCGACAGACCUGCAUGAACAAAUUUGCCAGCUGGUUUGGCUCCAUGCCCCUGGUCCACUCCCAGAUGCGACUGGAUCCGGUUCUGUUCAAGGACCAGGUCUCCAUCCUGCGCAAGAAGUACAGGGACAUUGAGAGACUUUAAUGAGCCCAGGCCCCACCCUCCCAAAGGGGAGAGGGAGGGGUGCAGAAAGAGGGCGGACAGAUACGGGGAUUUUGGGGGGAGGGGACGUGUCAGGCUGCCACAUGAACAGAGGGCCCUACGGCUCUGUCUCCCACUCCCUUGCGAUGCAUUGCCAGCGAUGACAGGCAAUUACUACGACGACGGCUUUGUCAGUGGAGCUGACGCAAGAACAUGCGCACACACACACGCAUCACUGAUCACAGGACUUCUGGUAGCCUUUUUGCUCUCACAAAUCAUAAAUGAAACAGAUGGAUGCCUGAAUCUUCUCAGUACAGACGGAUCACGGUUAAAGAAAAGAAGUGUUCACACUUGGGUCUUGAAUCAGUGUUCUCCCUGUCCAAAAAUACGCACCCCAUUCUUUUAACUAUGCAGAGUUAUUUCAGAGAGAUCAAUGCUCUGUUACUUUGAUACUUCUGUUUUUCUUGGAUUCUCAUGCCUAGUGCCAUUUACGUAUCUCUUUUUCUACUGUUGAGCUGAAACCAGGCAAACUCAUUCUACCCCUUUUUUUCCACUAUAGAUCUGAAACCAGGCCCAUGUUACACAUGUUAGUUUGAAGUAUAAAAAUUUAUUUUCAAAUUAAACUGAAUUUAAUUAGAGAAUUUUGGGUUGUUAUUGUGGUGAAUUUACAUUGUAUUCCCAUCACGAUCACACUCCCAAAAAAGCCUUUUGGUUUUUGCUUGGCUGGUCUCAAACUGAUUGCUUAUAAAGCCUUUUGAAUGUUAUGGAGACUUUAACUUUGGCUUAAGCAUUAAAUGAGCCAUGAAAUGCCCAGUCCCACCACAAUUCCUCUUAAGAAUUUCCCUUAUGGUGAACACCUUUCUGUCUGUGGAGGAGAUGCAAAAGUAAAAAUCGAUCGAACCUUUGCUUGCCUUUGAGUUUUUCCCCAAAUCCCAAAUUUUUAAAUGUGAAAGCCCACAGACAUUUAAGUGAAAUUACAUGUUAAUUGUUCAGUGUAUUGUCUCUAGAAGUCUUCUAACUGGGGUCACUUAGCUGAAGGCAAAAAGGGAAUCUUUUGGCAACCUUAUUGCCUCAACUUGGAAUUUUGGUUUUCUAUUUUUUUUAUUUUGUUUUUACUUUAUGUAAUGUUUGUUUUUUUCCCCAGUGGCCACACUCAACUCAACCGCACACAUUGAGAGGUGAGUAUUUUUUUAAAGAAAAAAAAAACAAUUAUGAUUGUAUGCAGCUAAUGAUGGAACGUUGAAACAAAGGUUGAGAUCUCCUUCCACUAAACAUGUGCUUCUGAAAUGUAAAUGCCAGAAAAACCCCAUUUAUAGGGCAUGUCAUACAUGUUUCUCUUAACCACCCAUCUGAAUGUUAUAUACCAUAAGCAGGUCCUAAACAUUUACCCAGGCCCAUUGCUACAUCCCGCACAUGAACCUUUUGAUGGUAUUGCAACUUUGGUGAUUAUGUGGCUGUUUCAAUACUCAUAGUUUGUCUUAUUUUUCCUUAUUUUGUACAACUACAUUUCAAGGCACUGUUGCUCAGACCGCUCCGUUUUUAGUCUGUAAGAAAUUUCAAAGAAAUAUUGUAAGAGCAGGGGCUUUUAUAGUCUUGGCUUUAACAGGUACUUGAAUGCCUGAGGACUUGAAGGUGUGCCAUGCAAAGUGGCCUUUUUUUUGUAAAGGCGUCUGGCCUUAACUUCAAGCAGCAGUGAGCAACUGCCAUAUGUAGUUUGUUGUAUUGUUAUUGUAGAUUUAUAGGUUUAUGAAAUAUGCAACCAACAUUAAAUUGCCAAUUAAAUUACUUGUUAUUCCGAAUUCACAUUACAAAUUAAUGCCCAGUUUACCCACCUUCUUUACUCAAACAAAUGUUGUUUGCCUGUCGCAAAAAUUCAAAAUUCAUAAUUAAGUUAUUAAAGAGGAAUGUCAUCAAUAAACAAAGAAAGAUUUUUUUUUUUUGAUGAACACAUCCCUUACAUGUUUCAAAUUGGAAUUACUUUAACUUUCUUAUGAUUCGUUUAUCACGUGAGAAAGCUCAUGUAGGUUGUCUUCCAUUGUUAUUUUACUGCAGUGUAGUAGAACCUAAGUUCUGUGUGUGAUCAUGGUGUAAUACUUUAAUACUGAAGUAGGGAAUAGCAAGGUUGAAUGAAUGAACCAGUCAACAGAAAAUCUAUUUCCUUAACUACAUCAGCUGUUUUGAACCAAUUGCUCACAUCUGAUUAAUAUUUAAGGUCAGUACCCCUUUAAUCACCUUAUUUUCUGAGAAAUAUCACAUCUUUUUUAAUAUGAAUUUCAUAUACGGUAGAUGUGCAAAAUUAGAUGUGUAUAUUGUAUGCAUAUUGGAUUGUCUUAUAUCAAAAGGUCACAUAAGCAGCCUGUUUAUUAAUGUUUUGUUAUAAAUUUAUAUUGAUGUGCAUAUUUAUUUUCAGAGGAACAAAAACAAAAUCAAAGCUCAAAUAUGUAUUCAGUGUUAUUCUUAAAAUGAGUGCGGUAUUUUCAUAACUGAGGAAAUAGUCAAUCGAAACAAGGUAUCUUUUCAUCUCCUUUUUAAUGUACAUUUUGAGUGUCCCAAUACGUUGACAGGAGUAUUUAUGUAUUUUGGUGGAUCAGCAGAUCUGUUCUAGAAAUGAAUUCCCUUGACAUAGACGGAUAGGUGAACUACCUACCUAGAUGGGUAUCUGUUUUCGUAUGAUGAAUUGAUUUUUUAUGCUUAUUCAUCAAUUCUGAUAUUCCCUUAAUUUUACUUUGCUUUAUUUAUUUCUGUUGGCAUGGUGACAAUUCCACUCUACUGUUACCAGGAACUGGUUUUCCUCCUGCAGACACGUCAGAGCACUCUACUUACCUGCAUCUCUGUUGUGCUCAUUUUCAUUUCUAAAUGUUUAUUCAUGUUUGGAAACAAUUUUAUUUGAGGGCAAUACUGAGGAAUGCCAAAUGAAAAACCUUAAAGAAUCACCUGUUUAUAGUUCUAUCCCUUUCUCUCUGAUGUAUUUCAGUGUGUCUCUGCCCUGGCAUGUCCCUGUCACACUGAUAUUUAUGCAUUCAAUCAUUUCACUGCUAAACCUGGUUUCAUGUGCCCUCCAUAAGCUUGUAUACUGGCCCAGUAAAUUAAUGGCAGCGUGCUUCAGAGCAUUACAAUAUUUUGCAAUAUUUUCCUUGCUUAGAUGGUUGUCCCACAAAGUAGCAAAACGUACUGAAUUUGCUUGGAAAGUGAUGAUAAAGCACAUUACAGUUUCAGAAGCCAUUGUGUUAGAUACGAGUUGAAAGCGCUCUUCACAGUUUUUACUUUGUGAGAAUUUUAUUUAUUUGUUUACUGUAUAUUCCAUUGUUUUGCUGCGGCUUCAAAAUCCAAUCAGAUUGUUAAACACUUUAAACACUAAUGUGAUGAGAACAGAUGGCUUUUUCUACGGGCUCAACUGCAGGAUAGUGGCAGUUUUUAAAUCAACGAAAGGGUUUUAAAAAACCUGCUGCUGCAAUGUCGUUAAAAGCACACAAUUCUGUAAUUAUCAAAAAGACCAAUAUGUACAUUUGACUAUGCCAUGUAACCAUCAUGAUAAGUCAUGGUUCAGAUGUAUUGUAUGCUGCAAAUUGCAGGAAGCACAUUUGUAGGUUUUCAUGCACUGCUGUUUCAUAUCUGGACAAAAAAAGGAAUCUGAGAAGGAUCGUCUUUGGUGAUUGAAUUGUUUUGUUUUGAGCUGUACUUUCUUUUGUUGUUUUUCUCCAUCCUCUCUGUUUGAAAUGUGCCUUCGGUGAAAGACACUUCAGAUCUCUGCCUUCACAGGACACUCGGCACUCCCUCCUCCCCAAAGUCAACUGAGUUCAGUUGUUUCACUUUUUCAUCGGCGACCGGAAAUCACACGGGGGUUAUUUGGUUUACCGUGUCCAACACUGGAAAUACAAGGUUCUUCGAAUGGGCAUACCUGCAUUCCACGUAGGAGCAACAAGAGCUGACCACUGCAUCACAGAAGAUCAUACCCACAGAUCAAAUGGUCAGGCCCACAAAGGUUCUAGUGGCCAGUGCUGUUUGGGAUGCAUUCACUGUCAUAAUGGUUGGACUAUUUACAGAGACUUUGCAGAUUUAAUUUUAUUUCUGCUACCCUCUGCCCACCCCAUAGCCCUUGUAAUUAAAGAAAUUAUUUUAUAGGGAUAAAGGAAGAAAAUAGAAAAAUUCAAAUUUUGUAAGAAUGAUUUUCUUAAAAAAAUAAAUCAUAUUUGAUAA